AUGGCUGAUAGAAGACGAAUCAAUGGCCCGGUUGGUCAGACGGCUCCUCCCGUGUACGACAGUCCUCAAGGCAAAAGAGUCGCGAAACGGUCCGACGACAAUGUUGUUAGAAAGACUUUCUUAAGAACAGGAGUUACUCCUUCAGCUUCUGGAUCUGCAUAUCUAGAAGUUGAAGACCCAUUCACAGACCGACCUGCGGGUACGAGUCUGAAGCUUACUUGCACCGUCCAUGGUCCUCGAGCUCUUCCACGAUCCGCACCAUUCUCUCCUCAUAUCAUCCUCUCAACCCAUGUCAAAUAUGCGCCCUUCGCGACGAGACAAAGACGAGGCUAUCUGCGCGAUUCGAGCGAAAGAGAUCUAGGAGUACAUUUGGAAACAGCACUGCGGGGCGCGAUAAUCGCAGAUCGUUGGCCUAAGAGUGGUGUUGAUAUCGUUGUUACUAUAAUCGAAGGAGAUCAAAAUCGCGACUCUCCCGAUUACGACCGAGACGAAGGCUGGGAUAUGAUGAAUGUUCUUAGUGGUUGUGUGACAGUCGCUUCAGCUGCUAUCGCGGACGCUGGCAUCGACUGUGUGGACACUGUUGCGGGGGGCGUGGCGGCCCUAGUGGCCAAAGAAAAAAAGAGCGAACCAUGCAUCGUUCUCGACCCCGAUGUUGCCGCAUACCACAAAAUAUUUGCAGCUUGCUGUGUUGCAUACCUACCCACAAGAGACGAAGUCACCAAUAUUUGGUUCAAGGGUCAGCUACCUGGCGCAGAUGCUAUGCUCUACAAUAAGUUAGUGGAGAGAAGCCUUGUGGCGUGCCGGAAUUCGAACCGUGUUCUCGUUCAAGCUCUAAACGAAACGGUUCGCCAAGGACAGAGCCCAUCCUGA